AUGCUAAAGCAGCUGGGCUUGAGCAAUAUCAAGGCUGUUCCGGCCAUUCACUGUGCCGACUCUUGGUCUCUGAUUCUAUGGGGCCCAGUUCCCCCCACUGCCACACACACAGCAUCCGCCCCCCCUCCUCUCACUGCUGCUCCGGCUGCUCCUCACCAGGAUGCUGAGAAGCAAGGACGAGAAAGGGAAGAGGUUGCAGUGGGAAGGAGGGAGGAGAAAGGUUCAGGACGGUUUCAUUCGGCAGAAGAAGCAAGCGAGGAGCGAGAGCAGCAGCAGCAACCAGUGGCGCAGCAGCAGCAGCAGGGAGUGCAGAUGCGUUUGGAGGAUCCUCAAACCCCGUUUUCACCUCAUGUAGAGUUGCAACCUAGGGGCAUGCCGCAUGAGGUGCAGCAGGCGCGUGUGCAGGGAGGAAACGAGCAGAUGCAGACCGGCUCACUGCCAGGUGUGCAAGGUCUCACCUUGCACGGUCAAGCAGCAGUGCACGUUCAGACACAUGGUCUCAUGCAGCCGCCGCCCAGUCACAUGCCGCCGCCGCCCGGUCACAUGCUGCCGCCGCCCGGUCACAUGCCGCCGCCGCCCGGUCACAUGCCGCCGCCGCCUGGUCACGUGCCGCCGCCCGGUCACAUGCCGCCGCGACCCGGUCCCAUGCCGCCGCCGCCCGGUCACAUGCCACCGCCGCCCGGUCACAUGCAGCCGCUACCGAAUCAGAUGCAGCCACCACAAGAUCAGAUGCGACCGCCGCCCAAUCAUCUGCAACUAAAUCAAAUGCCUCCGCCACCCAAUCACAUGCAGCCCAAUCCCAUGCAUAUGCCACCGAAUCAGAUGCAAUUGCCGCCCAGUCACAUGGAGACACCGUACAAUCACAUGCAGUUGCCGCCCAAUCACAUGCACCCGCCGCCCAAUUACAUGCAGCCGCCGACCAGUCAGAUGCAUUCAUCGUGGAAUCAGAUGCAGCCGCCGCCCAAUCAGAUGCAGCCGCCGCCUAAUCAGAUGCAAAUGCAGCCUUGGUCGAACCUGCCCCAAACGCAAAUGCAUCCGCAUCAGUACCAACAGCACCAGCACACUCAACACCAGCACCAGCAGCAGCAGCACCAGUACCAACACUGGCAGCAGCACCAAUAUCAACAGCAGCAGCAGCAGCAGCAACAGCAGCAGCAGCAGCAGCAGCAGCAGCAGCAGCAGCAGCAGCAGCAGCAGCAGCAGCAGCAGCAGCAGCAGCAACAGCAGCAGCAGCAGCAGCAGCAGCAGCAGCAGCAGCAGCAGCACCAGCAGCAGCAGCAGCAGCAGCAGCAGCUUCCUCCUCACACACUUGUGAUCACAGCUACUGAGGAGCCACCCUAUCCAGGGCAGCUAGUAGUGCACGCAACACAGGCAGGGCCUGUCAGCAUGCGUGUCCACGGCGCCCGUCCGCAGCAGCAGCAGCAGCAGCAGCAGCAGCAGCAGCAGCAGCAGCAGCAGCACCAGCACCAGCAACAUCUUCAGAACCAUCCCCACUACCACCAACAUGAGAGGCCACGAGUUCGAAUCCAGCUGGAGGUGGAAUUACAACCGCAGGGGGUGCCAAUCUUGCUGCAUGUGGAUCCACAGGGCCAGGUGAAUCUUCAGGUGAUGCCACAGUCUGCCACAGCCCCACCACCCGAAGCUGCGCCAGGCAUAGGACCUCCAGGGAGUUUCAGAGGUUUCGGAGGGUCAGCAUGGCCUGCGGUGGGAUCAGGGCCGCAGGUGGCAACAGAAAUGGGUGCUCAGGAAAUGCAGAUGGAGCAGGGGCAGUUGCUGCUGCAGGGACCCCAGCAGCAGCAGCAGCAGCAGCAGCAGCAGCAGCAGCAGCAGCAGCAGCAGCAGCAGCAGCAGCAGGCACAGCCGUUGCAGCAGCAGAGGGGUUACCAGGCCAACCAUAACCAGCAGACCGACCAAAUUCCAUGGCAACUCCAGCAGCAGCAGGACCAGCAGCAGCACCGCCAACACCAUCAGCUGCAGCAACAGCAGCAGCAGCAGCAGCAGUCACCCUUCUCGCAAGCCCCAAUGGCAGACAAGCAGCAGCGCGGUCCCAAUUCCUAUGCCACCUACGAGCAAACAGAGCGACAGAUACAACUCCAGACAACCUCCCACACCACCACACGCACCACCACACGCACCACCCACUCCUCCUUCAAAUCAACCACUACGAUUGCCACACACAACACCACAAUCAACACCUACACCACUGCAAACAAUAACAGCAACAACAACAACGCCAGCAGCAGCAGCUUGACGUGGUCGUUUGCUUACUCUGGAGACACGCGGCCCAACGACGUUUUCGCUCGGGAAGCAGUGGGGUGCACGCUGCUGGUGCACGAGGGGACGUUUGCAUGCGAGAACGUGGAGGACGCGCGGGGCAAGCUGCAUUCGACGGUGGAGGAGGCAGUGGGUGUGGCGAGGAAGAUGCUUGCAGAGCAGGUCAUUCUCACGCACUUCAGCAAGAAGCACCGCCAGGUUUCCAUGCUUGAUCCGCGCAGGACAGCCGCACUAGGGCUACGGGCAAGUCGGCAGCAGCAGCGACAGAAAGAGCAACAGGAGCAAGGAAAGCGUUGGGAGACUCAGGAGGAAAUGGGAAGGAGGGAGGAGGAAGAACCAGAUAUGGAGCAGCAGCAGCAGCAGUUGGAGAAGUCAGAGUUGCCGGCAGUGCCUGCAGCGCUGGCCUUUGAUGGCAUGGUGGUCUUGCCUGCUGCUGCUGCCCGCCUCUCUGCUCUCCAGCCUAGGAUCUUCGAGAUUCUGGAUGGAUAG